CUUUCUGAACCGCCCAGUUAGUCGUUACCAGUAAUUCCGGAACCUUUCUGCUCCACUUCCCCUUGAAGGCUUUGAAGUCACUCACCAGCCAUCGCUAUCCCCCUCGCCUCGCCGUCUCCGCGGCCCGUUUGCGCGCGCGAGGGUUCGUGCACCGAUGGUGGGGCUGGAGCUGCGGGUGCCUCACGAGGCCAAUCGCUCCUGGCCGCCUCGCUGCGGCCGCUUGCCCGCUGCAGCAGAGGAUGGCGACAGUGCGGAGGGCGCCGCCGGUGGCCUCGUCGAGGGAAGUGAGGAGGAGGCUGCUGGCAACGCGGGAGUUCCCCCUGUGUCGUGCAGUGGCGGCCUCCCGCACACCCCGCCUCAGCCGCAGCCAGAGACAUUGGUGGAGGAGAGGGAAGAGGGUGGCGAUGGUGAUGUGUGCUCCUCGGAUGGUCAAUUUGUCAGGGAUUGCGUGGACAGGAGAGGCAGAACGGGUGAUGGUGAGUUGGAGAAGAUGGAGGAGAAUGGGGGCAGAGAGAAGAGGUGGUUGACCUCCGCUGUGAAUCCGCCUCCCAAGAGAAGGAUGGUCUCCGCCAUUCGCAGAUUUCCACGUGGCUCUCCGAGGUAUGCUGUUGUCGACACCAGCAUUGGUUGCUGGAGGAAUGCUGUUACCAACACCAGCACUGGGGGCGAGGAGGGAUAUGUAUUUGAGGCCACACCAAUCAGUUUCGCUAGUGGGGGUGUCUCUGCAGAGGAUGCCUCACACAUGGUUACAACUUCUUCGAUUUUGAGGCGAGAUGUAUCUAAUGAUGAAAUGCAAGGCAAAAGAGAAGAAGUUGGAGGAGCUACCGAGGCACACAAUCAUAAGAUUCAAGAGUCUAGUGUUGGCAAAAGUUUUGUUCUAGAUGAUUUUGCACAAGAUCAAGAUGACAAUGAUCAUCCACAAAAUGAUGUUACAAAAGGUUCACCAAGACAUGGUUUUGCUGAGAAGAUCGACGAGACAAGAACAUUACAUGAACGGAAGCCCAUAUCACUAAUAGCAGCGGAUGGUGACGUGAGAAGCAAAUGGAACGGAAGGUUGCGGAAAGGUAUUCCAUCGACUUAUGUGACAGAUCCUGUUAAUGUGAAGACAAAGGGCAAGAGACUAAGGAAUCCGAAGAUGAAUGUGGCAUUGCUAGAUGAUGCAGGAGUCGUUGAGGAGUGCACGGUGAGAAAUGAUACUUCAAGCACUCCGAGAGGUGUGACGCACUCAAAUAUUAACGUGAAGCAACACAUGGUGACUCGUAAGUUAAAGCGUGAUGGCAUCGGCAAGGAACCUUUGAAUACGUCUCGUAAGGAGUCUAAGUGUGUAAAUCAUGUUGUGACUGGUCAAAUUGAAGAAAAUAAUGACGCGGGGCUUAGUAAUGUCAAGAUAAUUGUACAAGCACUAAUGGCUCCAGAUAAAUGCCCAUGGAGACAAGGAAAGAAGUCUCUUGCGGGUGUUUCCCGGUCUCUUGCUCGUGGGGAUGACGUGAAAAUAAAAAAUGCUGCUCCAAGGAAUGAAUUGCCCUCCAAAGUGACCCCUUCUACAUUGACUAGGCAUGAGACAAGAGAGGACAGAUAUUCCUCCUUCGAAGAUAACGAAAACUCUACGGCAGUAGUUGCGCAUGAAAAAAAUAACAAAUUAUGUGUCACCCUCCCAUCGUGUGUCGCUUUCGUGGAUGAGAGUGUUGAUGCCCAAAGCAAAGUUACAAAGAUGGAUGAGAGUACACCAUCGCAUGAACGGAAGCACGUACCACGAUUAGCGGGGGACGGUGAUGCGAGAAGCAAAUGUGAAGGAAGCUUGCUAGAAGGUACUUCGGAGUUUCAUGUGAGGGAUCUUGUUGAUGUAAGGACAAAAGGCAAGAAAUUAGAGAGUGUUAAUAUGAACGUGACAUUGCUAGAUGAUUUUGAAGAUGACAUGAUGAGAUACAAGACUCCAAGCACUCAGAGAGGCGUGACCUGCUCAACUAUUAACGUGAAGCAACGUGUGGUUGCUCACGAUUUAAAAUUUGAUGGCAUCGACAAGGAUCCUUUGAAUAGGUUUGCUAAGGAGUCCAAGUCUGGAAAUCACCUUGCGGUUCAUCAAACUGAAAAAAAUGAUGAUGUGGGUCUUGUUACUAAGAAGAUAAUUGUACUAGCAUUGAUGGCUCCAGACAAAUGCCCAUGGACGCAAGGAAAGAAGUCUAUUGCUGGUAUUUCUCGGUCUCUUACUCAUAGGAAUAAGUCCCGGACAGUUCGUGAAGGUCUUUGUUUGCCUGAUAUAUCUCAAGGAAAAGAGAGCAUUCCGAUAUGUGUGUUCAACACAAUUGAUGAAAUGCAGCCAGUGCCAUUUAAGUACAUCACCAAAGUCAUAUUUCCACCUUCAUAUGUGAAAGCACCUCCAAAAGGCUGUGACUGCACUAAUGGUUGCUCGGAUUCUAGUAGAUGUGCUUGUGCUGUGAAAAAUGGAGGAGAACUUCCAUUCAAUUUCGAUAGUGAAAUUGUUUAUACAGAGCCUGUCAUAUACGAGUGUGGCCCAUCGUGCAGGUGCCCGCCAACAUGCCACAAUAGGGUGAGCCAGCAUGGUCCCAAAAUUCCGCUAGAAAUAUUUAAGACGGGGAAGACAGGUUGGGGUGUAAGAUCCCCCAGUUUUAUCUCUUCAGGCAGUUUUAUAUGUGAGUAUGUAGGUGAGCUAUUGCAAGAGAAUGAUGCUGAAAAGACAGAGAAUGAUGAGUACCUGUUUGAUAUUGGUCGUGACAGUGACGAUGAAGAAGGUUUACAAUCUUCUACCUCUGAGACAAUGGAUGAUAAUGUAGGCUAUACAAUAGAUGCUGCAAAGUGCGGUAAUGUUGGAAGAUUCAUCAACCAUAGCUGCUCUCCAAACCUGCAUGCACAGGAUGUUCUCUGGGACCAUGAUGACAAGAGGAUGCCGCACGUUAUGCUUUUCGCUGAAAAGAAUAUUCCUCCACUACAAGAGCUAACUUAUGAUUAUAAUUAUAAUAUAGGUCUAGUCCGGAAGAAUGGCACGGAGAAAGUAAAGAAAUGCUUUUGUGGUUCAUCCAAGUGUCGUCUCAGGCUUUACUAAGGCAUAUUGGUGACUGGUGAUGGUAAUGGUCAUCAAUGAAAUGGAAAGAGGUCCUGUCAGCCCAGUACUCCUUCAUUUUACUCGUCUAUGAAUUAUUACCGCAUUUGAAGAGCAUGUGAGCUUCGUUAGCUCACUGCUUAUUUCUGUGUGAAACUUUGAUCACAAGUAAUGGUGAAACCUCCAGAGAAGUUGUACCUUUUUUUCGUUUUCUUUUCUGAAACAAAAUUGUACUGGGCACACCAUGCGGUUUGGUUGUAGUUCCUUUUUAAAAACCAGUUUUGCAGAAUCAGGCAUGUUUGUUUCAAUCUUUCACAUGAAUCUGAAGGAUGCAAAUGUACAGUGAUUAA